AUGACCCCAACAAGUUGUCAACCACGUUUAGGCUAUGAAUGUGCUAAAUUAAUGUCUAAUCAUUAUCCAGAACGUUUAGGCUUAGCGCUGUGUAUACGUCCAGGACCAGCAUUCAAAGUAGCUUGGCAAGCAAUUAAACCAUUUCUACCACAAACAACUGUAUCAAAAGUAUGCCUUAUUAAAAAUAAAUCACAAAUGUAUUCAACAUUUGAACAAUAUUUUUCCCCAGAAAUGUGUAAAUGGUUGUUAGAUGAAGUAAAUUUCAAUCGAAAUAUUCAAUCCACGAGUAAAUAUCGUCCAUUUUGGUUACCACCAAAAGAUACUUCUAAAGAUAAACAUGAUCCACGAGGUGAUGAAAUUUAUUCACGUGAUUGGCUUGUAUUAAAUCAUCCAUCAGGACAUUUACCACAUCCAAAUAUUGUUGAUUAUUUACUUGGUGGUUUGAAUGCAAAUAGUUAUGAAGUGAAAUUACCCGCCAAUGAACAUAAUGAAUCAAUAGAUACUGAAUUCUCUGGUGAUUUUGAUGAUGCUGAUGAUGAUGAUGCUAAUCAAGAGGAGUUGGCUAAAAAACUUGCUGCAAAAUUGCCUAAAGAAUUUAUGAUUCCUGAAGAUGCAGAAAAAUUAACAUGA